AUGGAACAUAGGGACUCUCAGGGUAAGUCCGUAGAGCUAGUGAAGAUUCUUAAGAAGAGGAGAAUUAAUAUCGUGUAUGUUCAGGAGAUUAAGUGGGUAGGAUCUAAGGCGAGACAUGUAGAUGGGUAUAAACUUUGGUACUCAGAGAGUGAGAGACGUCAGAAUAGAGUGGGUAUCUUAGUGGACGAGGAGCUUAGAGGUGUUUAUGCGCUGCAGACAGGCUUGGAUAAUGAGGUUAAAGCAAUUUUUGGAGAGGCUUUGGACGAGGUGGUUAGAAGCAUGCCUAGCUCGGAGAAGAUUGUCAUAGCAGGGGACUUCAAUAGGCAUAUUGUGGUUUUACUGGGAGGCUAUGAUAAUGUGCAUGGAGGUUUUGGUUUCGGUGAUAGAAAUGGGGAAGAAGCUGCUCUAUUGGAGUUUGCAAGGCCUUUGGGAUGGUGGUUGUGA